AUGAAAGAGCACUACAAAAAGAAGCCUGCUACUGAAAGCCUUAUCAAUUACACACCAUACGAGUACGGCAGCAUCAUGCACUACGCUGCAAGAUAUUAUGAUUGCGACGUUUUCGAAAUAACGCCCAGUGAUCCAAGUUAUUUACGGACAAUGGGCUCGCCCAUUCUUUCUUUUUACGACAUUGUGAUGGUUAACAGGCACUACAACUGCGAUGGCUGUAAACAUUCCAAUUUACAGCUCAAUGUGAAUACUCCAACAAGGUUAUGUGCGCAAAUGGAGGAGUUCCAAAUCCCAGAGAAUGCGAUGUAUGCAUUUGCCCAUACGGCUACGGCGGCAAGGCUUUGUGACGAACUGCCAGAAGGAUGUGGUGAAAUUCUUGAAGCAUCUCUCGACUGGAAGUCGAAGACCUUCACCUUUGACGAUUUUGAUGUGGGCCGAGACCGAGAGCACAUCUUCUGCAAUUACUGGAUAGAGGUAAGCCACAUUUCAAGUCUUCAGCGUGCUUAG